AAUGCUGUCAACACAUAUGGCAUGUGGUUUUGAGUUCAUAAUGUCAACACCUGGGCUACGUCUCGAACUGGCACUAUACUAACAAAGUCAAGUUGACUUCUGGAAUUGGACCAAUCAGAUAGCUCUACUUCGAUGACAUUUCCCGAAAUGAGCCAAUUGUAUCCAAGUUUUCAACAACGCAGACAGUGAUUAAUUGGUCUAUUUUGAGGAAAACUGGAAAAAACCUAACUUCCGUCGGUUGUCUGAAACAACUGCUUUCUUUGUUUAGACUCUCCAAACCGCCGCUCCUGUUUACAGUGCCAUCGAAAAUUGACCCAUUUCUGAGGUACAAGGUUCGGCAAACGAGACCCCACAAGUUAUACAAAUAGCGUGAGAUCACUGCUCAGACAUCAUAGUUGUGUCGGUAGUUUUCGGCGAUCACACCGUUUAUCCCACUCUAAGUUCUUCUAAAUCAUCAAUUCAUUUCGGAAAGGCUUGACAACUUCAUCGAUUUUAGUCGCACCAACGCACUGACGCAUCUGCAGCAUGCGGGUAUGUGUGGUAGUUGCAUUGGCGGUCGCUUGUAUUGCGAUCUCCGCUAGCAAAGUUGCAGCAGUCAGCAUUAAAACGGAUGGUGACUCUGAGCCUGGUCCUCCGUUACGGACCUGCAGGUGGUAUCAAGCCCUGUGCCGAUUCAUGAACCCGUGCUGGUACCAGAGAGAAUGUCAUGGAUACCCUGAUGCUGUCUGCAAACUAGAUUUGUGUGAAUGUCAAGCGGAAUUCUACGUCGGUGAGGAGAAAAUCGACUGCCGGGAACCUGGCCUUGAGGAAGCUCCAUCUGAAGAACCGGAAGUACCAGAUGUCAUCCCAGGUGAAGGUUGCGAGCCGGUGGUUUGCCGCCUGAUUUGUCUAGAUGGCUACGUCAAAGACAGCAAUGGCUGUGAUAUAUGCGAAUGCAUUGAACAUGGCGACAGGCCGGGCGUUUGUCCAGCUUUCCGGCCAGGCUUUGGUGCUACCUGCGGCAUUGAGUGCUCCAGUGAUGCUGGUUGUGACGAGGGUAAAAAAUGCUGCUCCAAUGGCUGCGGUCGCGUCUGUGUCACAGCUUGUUCUGGGAUUACCUGCCGAAUUAACUGCGCGCCUUUUGGUGGAUUCGCACUUGACGCCAACGGCUGUGAAAUCUGCCGCUGCAUGAAUAGAGGAUUGCAACAAGUUUGCCCCGCCAUCAAUGCGGAUAGUGCAGGUAUUUGCGUCGACAACUGCGAAACUGACAAUGACUGUACUAACGAGGGAGAAAAAUGCUGCAGCAACGGAUGCGGCCACACAUGUGUGAGAGGUUGUGAACCAGUGCGAUGCAGAAUGUCCUGCGAACAUGGCUACGACACGGACGAGAACAACUGCGAAAUAUGCAAAUGCAAGACACCACCAGGAUGCACUGAAGUGGUUUGCCGCAUAGGCUGCAAGUUCGGCUAUGAGAGAGAUGAAAACGGAUGCGAAAUCUGUGGAUGCAUUGAGCCCCAUGGGCCAGAGACCGAUGGCCAACCAGGGCCAUUCUCUCGGCGGGGUGAUACUGGCAUGUGCCCGUCCACCGAGGACGGCUUGGGUAUCUGCAUCCUGGCUUGUUCAUCAGACGAGGACUGCGAGGCAGGCCGGAAAUGCUGCAGUAACGGUUGUGGCAUGGUCUGCCGAACACCAUGUCCGGGUGUGAGGUGUAGAAUGGCCUGCCCCUUUGGCUAUGUGAAGGAUGACAACGGUUGCGACAUAUGCCGCUGCAAAAGGCCCGAAAUCAAGUUUGGCAAGUGUCCUGCCAUACAAGAGGGUGUCGCAGGUAUCUGUAGCACUGACUGCCAGACUGACGAUGACUGUAGCGGAGAAAACAUGAAGUGCUGCUCCAACGGAUGCGGACAGAUGUGCACAAGGGCUUGCUCCCCCGUCAUGUGUCGUCUGGGUUGCCGCUGGGGUUUUGCUACCAACAGUGACGGGUGUGAGAUCUGUGAAUGCUUGCCAAGUCCUGCUGUCAAACCAGGCCAGUGUCCUGCCACUCCUCCGGAGACGGUAGGAGGUAUAUGCACCACGGAGUGUAGCAGCGACUCAGACUGUGCUGGUGAGCUCAAGUGUUGUAGUAACAACUGCGGCCAAGUGUGCGUACGAGCCUGCCCUUCAUUCAAGUGCCGGAUAAAUUGUCCCUUCGGCUAUUUGACGGACGAAAAUGGAUGCCAGAGCUGUGAGUGCAAGCCCCCUUCAGGAAUCCGAGAUCGCCCCAGGAUCCCGCGAGUAUGUCCAGUCAUCGAGGGAAGUGUCGGAGGAAUUUGCAGCGAGGAGUGUGGUGAAGAGAACCCUUGUCCACAAGGGCGGAUGUGUUGCUCCAAUGGAUGCGGGCACAGCUGUGUAGAAGGUUGCCUGCCGGUGAUGUGUCGCAUGCGCUGUCCCCACGGUUGGGCACGGAAUGCCGAGGGUUGUGAAAUCUGUCAGUGCAAGGAGGCGCCUACUGCUGUCGCGGUGUGCCCGCCUGUACCUGAAGGCCGCUUCGGGGCUUGCGUUGAGGAUUGCACGGGGGAUAAUGAAUGCCAGGAGGGUCACAAAUGCUGCUCCGAUGGCUGUGGUCAUUCCUGCACGUUAGCCGUGACGCCGGAGCCUGUUUCGUGUUUGCCGCUCAGAUGCAACCGUUACUGCCGCUUCGGUUUCCAGAAGGACGCAAACGAUUGUCCGAUCUGUGAAUGCAGGGACAAAAGGGAAAUCGCGAAUGUUUGUCCAGUCAUUGAGGGACAAGUCGGAGGCAUUUGCAGCGAGGAGUGCGGUGAACAGAACCCCUGCGCCUCAGGACAGAUAUGCUGCUCCAACGGAUGCGGACACAGCUGUGUAGAAGGUUGCCCGCCUGUUAUGUGUCGCAUGCGCUGCCCUAAUGGUUGGGCAAGGAAUGAAGAGGGCUGCGAAAUAUGUCAAUGCCAAGGGGGCCUAGGUGGGGGAAUCCCGAAUGUUUGUCCAGUCAUUGAGGGACAAGUCGGAGGCAUUUGCAGCGAGGAGUGCGGUGAACAGAACCCCUGCGCCUCAGGACAGAUAUGCUGUUCCAACGGAUGCGGACACAGCUGUGUGGAAGGUUGCCCGCCUGUUAUGUGUCGCAUGCGCUGCCCUAAUGGUUGGGCAAGGAAUGAAGAAGGCUGCGAAAUAUGUCAAUGCCAAGGGGGCCUAGGUGGGGGAAUCGCGAAUGUUUGUCCAGUCAUUGAGGGACAAGUCGGAGGCAUUUGCAGCGAGGAGUGCGGUGAACAGAACCCCUGCGCCUCAGGACAGAUAUGCUGCUCCAACGGAUGCGGACACAGCUGUGUAGAAGGUUGCCCGCCUGUUAUGUGUCGCAUGCGCUGCCCUAAUGGUUGGGCAAGGAAUGAAGAGGGCUGCGAAAUCUGUCAAUGUCAAGGGGGCCCAGUUGGCCUUCCAGGACCCCCAAGAGUUUGUCCAGUCAUUGAGGGACAAGUCGGAGGCAUUUGCAGCGAGGAGUGCGGUGAACAGAACCCCUGCGCCUCAGGACAGCUAUGCUGCUCCAAUGGAUGCGGACACAGCUGUGUGGAAGGUUGCCGCCCGGUUCUGUGUCGAAUGUACUGUCGCUUUGGCUGGGACAGAGAUGAAAACGGUUGUGAGAUUUGCAAAUGCAAAGCACCCCCCUCUGAUUGCAAACCUCUGCUUUGUCGCCUGGGCUGCCGUAACGGCUACCAAACCGACGAAAACGGAUGCGACAUCUGCAAGUGUCGAGGCCAUAUUCCCACCACUUUCAGCAUACCCCAUAGAUUUGUGCCCAGGAGAGACCCUCUCAUGCCAGUUUGUCCCGUUCGGGAUACGGAGCAGGCCGUUGGGGGGAUUUGCAGCGAGGAGUGUGGUGAAGAGAACCCCUGCCCACUUGGGCGAAUUUGUUGCUCCAACGGAUGUGGACACAGCUGUGUAGAAGGCUGUCGUCCAGUGUUGUGCCGCAUGUAUUGCCCCUAUGGAUGGGACACCGACGAAGAAACAGGCUGUGAAAUCUGUCAAUGCACAAGACCCACCACAGAGCUUGUCUGCCCAGUGGUACCUGCGCAAAGACCGGUAGGUGGCAUCUGUACUGAGGAAUGCGGACGUGAUAACCCCUGCACGGAGGAGGGUCAUACAUGCUGCAGUAAUGGCUGCGGACACACCUGUGUGCAAGGCUGCACGCCAGUAGCGUGUCGACGCCGUUGCGAGCACGGCUUUGCAACGGACGAACGAGGUUGCGAGAUCUGCUCCUGCGCUGCCCCACCUCUCGAACUGACAUGUCCGGAAGUCCCAGAAAGCAUGGGUGGUAUCUGCUCAGAAGACUGUGAGUCGGAUGACAGUUGCGAAGUAGGUCAGAAGUGUUGCUCCAAUGGAUGUGGCCAUGCCUGCACACAAGGUUGUCGCCCAGUCCUGUGCUACAUGUACUGCAGACAUGGCUGGGCCAGGGAUGAAAGCGGCUGUGAAAUCUGCCAAUGCGAGGAAGGACCACAGAUAGCUUGUGCUAUGCCCAGGUGUGCCAAUGAGUGUCCGCAUGGCCGUGUCACCGAUAAGAAUGGUUGCAUGAAGUGUGACUGCCUGCCUGGCCCAAAUGAGCCUCGGUGCCCUGAAGUUUCGUCAGAUGUUGGAGGCAUUUGCGUAGAUACCUGUGGCAUUGACAAUAAAUGCCAGGGAGAAAAUGAAUUAUGCUGCUCCAAUGGAUGUGGACAUACGUGCAUGGAAGCUUGCCCACCGGUAUUGUGCAAGAUGAAAUGUCUGCACGGCUGGGCCCGCAACGAGAGGGGAUGUGAGAUCUGUGAAUGCUAUCAACCGGAAGAGACUUGCACCAACGGCAAGGUUUACCAGGACUGCGGCAGUGCCUGCCCGGCGACCUGCGAAAUCGUCCGCAGUGGUGCGUCCUUGGCGUGCACGUAUCAGUGCGCCAGGGGGUGCGCUUGCCCGCACAACACCGUGCUGGACUCUGACAACACGUGCGUGGUGGAGCGCUACUGCGGGUGUCUGUACGACUCGGAUGCUGACGGCGAGAAUGAGUACUACCGGCUUGGUGAUUCCUUUACGAUGGGCAGUGAGCAGUGCCAGUGUCGUCGCAAUGGACAAGUGACAUGCGAUACAGUCUGCCCGCCGCCCAACUGUCAACUCACUGGCUGCCGAUACGGUCAUGCUACCGACGAGAAUGGAUGCGAGACGUGUAACUGCAACCCUGGCCCUGAAGAGCCCUGUGAGCCAGUGAAGUGCCGCCGCCUGUGUCGCAAUGGAUUCAAGAUGGAGAACGGUUGCCCUAUCUGCAAGUGUAACGACCCACCCCGAAGGCUGUGUGAACCCGCGAAGUGUAGAAUGUACUGCACAUACGGAUUUGCUGUAGAUGAAAACGGCUGCGAGAUCUGCCGAUGCAAUCCGCCCCCUGAUGUUGUGUGUGAAAAUGGCAAGAUCUACCAGCAGUGCGGCAGUGCCUGCCCGGCCACCUGUCAGAGUAUUCGCAUCGAUGAGCCUACCCCCUGCAUUGCCAUGUGCGUUCAGGGCUGCUUCUGCCCUCCAGGUACCGUACAGGACUCGGACGGGAUGUGCGUCAAGCAGCGGCAGUGCGGUUGCCUCUAUGAUGCUGACGGUAACGGUGACAAGGAAUACUUCAAGCUGGGAGAAUCUUUCCACUGGGGAGUUCGCAGGCACACUCGGUGUCAGUGUCAUCGCGACGGAGAAGUGAUCUGCUCAAGCAGAAGGGAGCGAUUCCAUUCUUGAAAACUAUCAAAUGAAUGCAACAUCUGAAAUGCUGAACAAAUGUUGACAAAGAAUUAGCAGAAAACGACCAUAGUUUUUACAAAAUAAUGAAAUUUUAGAGCAAAGUUUUGCAAUCAACUUUUGCAGCAAGUAGGUAAAGGGUAGCUGAUAUUCUAACAAGACUUUUUGAAGAAGAGAAUUUUGACAAGAAAAAAACAGCUUUUAUAACAAAGAUCGUGAUUGGCUAGUUACAGCUCGUGCAACAGAGUUCGUGAUUGGCAGAUAGAUAACUAUUAAUAAUUACCAGAGUUUUGAGUGGCUGUGUCUGAACAACUUGGCUACUGCAGCCAGUAAUACACGCAUUUAUGGGAAGUGGCUUCGGCUGCUUCCAUAGCUGCAUGUGUAAUUGCGAGCCGUAGCCACGUAAUUUGGACCCAGCCAUACAUAGGCUCUGAAAUUAGAUACAAAUUAUGAAAUUAUGUGAAUCUCUCAACAUGAAAAAAUACCCUUGCAUACUACACUAGAGAGUGGUAAGCUUAUAAUAACCGGUGUUAAGUUUAAUGAAAAAUUUGUUAUUAAUAUCAUGAAGUACGUUUGCUUGGCGUCUUUAUAGCAUGGCAGUUUGAUUUUGAAAUGUGGUUUCUUUAGUUUAUUUUCCUUUUUAGUGUUUUCAUACAGUUACCUCAAAGGUAUGUUGUAGCACCUCCUGUCUUUGAAAUUUAAAAGCUUGUCUCAACCGUUGUAUUAAUCAAAAAGUUGUGUGCUGGUAGAGAAUUACUUUUUUUUUUUCAAAUAAGAGUUCACUUCAAGAGUUCAAUAACAAUGAGUGGAAAGUGAAAUAUCUCGUAUUUGUCUAUGCUGAACGGAAAAUCGGUGUACAGGAAAGGAAAUUUUUGGAAAAUAUUAAUGCUUACAUUGAAAAUUAUGAUCUACAUAUUGAGUAAAAACUUUGAUUUCUCAAGUCAAAGAAAAAAUUGUACAUCACAGAGCCGAAUUUGAAUGGAAAACAUAAUUGAUAUUGCAAGGUUUUAGCGCUAACACCACCAAUUGCAGUUGUUGAAACGGUUUUAUUCUCAUUUCAUUUUUUUUAAAUUUUCAUACGUUUGUAGAAUGCUUCAUAUUCAUGUGUGCUGACUUUGGUAUAAAAGGUUGUGCUGUGCAGAAUAGGCAUGUAUUUCUUAACAACUGGUAAAAAUUAUAUAAUAUGAAAAAGAAUCAGCUAAGAGCCAUAACAAGAGAGAAUUUGUACAAAACAGAGAGAUUGACGUAAAAUCCAACAUUUUUAAGGUACAUGAUGUUGAGAAAUUUCUUUUCUUGUUGAAAUAAGGGAGGGUAACAACAUCAGUUUUCUCUGUUUUACUAGUGUUCAUACUUUUUCCUGGUUUUCUUACCUUGCCCCUACUUUUCCUACUUCUUAGUCCAACAACUCCGAAAAAUGAAAUCUCGUUGAAUAUUUUUAUAACAGUGUUACACACUGUCAUAUCACACAAUGAAUGGCUUAGGCGCAGUACUGCAACUGUACUUCCAAGAGCUUAGUUGAGGAUGGAGCACAGGUGUUGUGAGUACAGAACAUGGCUAAAUGAGUCUUAUGACGCUGUGGACAUGGGUAUCAAUGAAAACUACCUCUGAAAGCAAGCAAAGGUCCUUCUUUUGUCCUCUUUUUUGUUAAAUUUCGAUCAUAUCCUACUUUUUCACCUGGGUCUGCUUUAAAAGCCUGCAACGAAUUACAUUUGCGAGAUAUGCACUUUUGAUUGACUUACUUUUGCCAACCUAGUUGGAGAAAUAGGUCCUAAAAUGUCUGCACUCUCAAAAAGCAAAACAAAAUAACAUUUUAUUCAUAGGACAAAAGUUAAUGGGGUUGUUUCAUUUUUUUUAUGUGACCAAGAAAUGUUUGUUCAUUAAUCCGUAAUCGUAAUAUUUAUGAUUGUUCUCAUUCCAUUAGGAUCAUAAACAUAAAUCUAAAGCACCUUCAGUUUUGUAGUUUUGUACUGAAAUUGGAAUUACUUGAAAGAGCAAGUUUUGGCACCACACAUCUUCAGUAGUCCUUACCGUCAAUAAAUAAAUCUUCAAUGUGUGUUAAGCUCGGA